AUGACUGGUCCCAGCCCUCCCAACCUCGAUGUUAAUGGCAGGCGGCCCGACAUUGACUCAACACUUUUGUCUCCUGUAUUCGAAAACUCGCACAGAUAUGCAUCCCGGAACUCAAGAGAUGUACCACUGACCCGACCAUCCAUCUCAGAUGACGCCCUCAGCGAUGGCGAAGUCAGCCCCGUCUCGCCCAGAUUACCCUCCUUCUCCAUCCCACGACCGUCUCACAAACCUCGUGCAGAACUGCAGAAACUCCUCGCUCACUCUCUGGAGCAGCUGCGUCGCCGGCCGAAACCGCCUUCCGUAUUCGAUCAGUUCAAGCAGGGUUCGGCGAACGCGGAUGACAUAGGGACUGGUUCUGUGGCAGAGACUCUCCGGGGAGCCGUUAAAUUCAAAUCCGCAAGGGCGAAUGGGGAAGGGCGAGCGACAGGUCAGGACGAAAGUGACGAUGAAGAUGACGGAGCUGUGUUUUCUACGAACAGAACUUGUGAGCUGCUUUCACAGAUGCAGGAGGUACUCGCAGUUGCGACCGAAGUCUUUGAUAGCGAGUAUGUUCACCUCAUCAACACUGUUAUUGAAGCUGAGGAUGAUGAACUCGCACUAGACGAAUAG